AUGUCAGUGUCUGGCAAGAAAGAGUUUGAUGUGAAACAGAUCCUAAGGCUACGCUGGAGAUGGUUUAGUCAUCCUUCUCAAGGCUCACCCAACACUGGAAAUUGCCUUCAACAGGAAGGAUAUGAGCAUAGAGGGACCCCGGUUCAGGGCAGAUUGAAGAACCACUCUCAGGACAGAAAUGGACUGAAAAAAAGCAACAGUCCUGUCCACCACAGCAUAUUACCACCAGUGCCAGAAUUGGCCCCUGCCCAUCAAAGAGCCUUUCAGAACUGGCACUCACGAAAACUGAUAGAACAUCUUCGAGCAAAUGAAGAUACUCCUAAAGCAGUUCCAUGGAAUUUGUUCAAAGAAGCUUAUGAAAAACACUCACAAGAUGUGGAGAUGAUGGCUGAUGACAAUGCAGAAGAUUCUACAGCAGGAUUGGCUACACAGCAUGCUGAAGACAUGAGUGUUAGCAGAUUUGAGGAGCAGUUCCAUGCUGUAAACCAUGCACAGCAAACUCUUCAAAAAAUGGAGAACUACUUGAAAGAGAAACAGUUGUGUGAUGUGUUACUCAUUGCUGGACAUCUCCAGAUUCCAGCCCAUCGGUUGGUUCUUAGUGCAGUGUCUGAUUAUUUUGCUGCAAUGUUUACUAAUGAUGUGCUUGAAGCCAAACAAAAAGAGGUAAAGAUGGAAGGAAUCGAUCCUAAUGCACUUAAUUCCUUGGUGCAGUAUGCUUACACAGGUGUCCUGCAAUUGAAAGAAGAUACUAUUGAAAGUUUGCUGGCUGCAGCUUGUCUCCUGCAGCUGACUCAAGUCAUUGAAGUCUGCUCCAAUUUUCUUAUAAAGCAACUCCACCCUUCAAACUGCUUAGGGAUUCGAUCAUUUGGAGAUGCCCAAGGCUGUACAAAGCUCCUAAAUGUGGCGCAUAGAUACACAAUGGAACACUUCAUUGAAGUAAUACAGAACCAAGAAUUCCUCCUCCUUCCAGCUAAUGAGAUUUCAAAACUUUUGUGCAGUGAUGACAUUAAUGUGCCUGAUGAAGAAACCAUUUUCCAUGCUCUAAUGCUGUGGGUGGGGCAUGAUGUGCAGGCUAGGCAACAAGACCUAGCAAUGCUGCUUUCUUACAUCAGAUUGCCGUUACUUCCACCACAGUUACUGGCAGAUCUUGAAAACAGCUCCAUGUUUACUGGUGAUCUUGAAUGUCAGAAACUCCUGAUGGAAGCUAUGAAGUAUCAUCUCUUACCUGAGAGAAGACCCAUGAUGCAAAGUCCUAGGACAAGGCCUAGAAAAUCAACUGUGGGAGCACUUUAUGCUGUAGGAGGCAUGGAUGCUAUGAAAGGUACCAGUACAAUUGAAAAAUAUGACCUGCGGAACAACAGCUGGCUACACAUUGGCACCAUGAAUGGGCGUAGGCUUCAGUUUGGAGUUGCUGUUAUUGAUAACAAACUCUAUGUUGUGGGAGGAAGAGAUGGUUUAAAAACUUUGAAUACUGUGGAAUGUUUUAAUCCAGUUGGCAAAAUCUGGACAGUGAUGCCUCCCAUGUCAACACACAGGCAUGGUUUAGGUGUAGCCACACUUGAAGGACCAAUGUAUGCUGUUGGUGGCCAUGAUGGAUGGAGUUAUCUAAAUACUGUAGAAAGAUGGGACCCUGAGGGACGUCAGUGGAAUUAUGUGGCCAGUAUGUCAACUCCUAGAAGCACAGUUGGUGUAGUCACAUUAAACAAUAAGCUAUAUGCUAUUGGUGGACGUGAUGGAAGUUCCUGCCUCAAAUCUAUGGAAUAUUUUGACCCACACACUAACAGGUGGAGUCUGUGUGCUCCAAUGUCCAAAAGACGUGGAGGUGUAGGAGUUGCAACAUACAAUGGAUUCUUAUAUGUGGUUGGGGGUCAUGAUGCCCCUGCUUCUAACCAUUGCUCCAGACUUUCUGCCUGUGUUGAACGGUAUGAUCCAAAAAAUGAUUCAUGGUCAACUGUGGCACCUCUGAGUGUUCCUCGAGAUGCUGUUGCUGUAUGUCCUCUUGGAGACAGACUCUAUGUGGUUGGAGGAUAUGAUGGACAUACCUAUUUGAACACUGUUGAAUCGUAUGAUGCACAGAAAGAUGAAUGGAGAGAGGAAGUUCCUGUUAACAUUGGAAGAGCUGGUACAUGUGUUGUGGUGGUGAAGCUACCAUAA